GUAUUUGAUUUUGAACGAAUCAAAAUGGAUGCUGGGUGUGAAUGAACUAUGUACUGAAAAACGAGCAGCUUUUUAUUGAAUUGUGUCGUGGGCCCGAUUAUUAUCGGGAAUCCGGCGUCGCGGUCUUGUUUUGUAAUUAUUUAAGAAGUGACAAACGUAUCAGUGCUCCCAUUUAAGUAUUCAACACUGUUAAUUCAAUUCGGUAGUCUCCGUGUCGGUAAUGUGUUUAUACGAAAGUCGGAGGAGCUUGUAACCCGCAGGUGGUCGUGGUAGGAUGAGGACUCUCACGACAAUUUCGGUCGUGGAUCCUCACCAAAGACUAGUGAAUAGUGUACUACAAACGUCGACGCUCUUUGCGACAUGGCGAGAGUGCUUGAACUGAGUCGUUGCUCGUGUUCUGUAUGAGCGGUCAGAAAUGAAAUGCAUAUACAGGAAGGAACAAACACAACUCUGACAACAUGUUCCAAAAUGACAGAGGAAGUGGACAGAAGACAUGGCGUGAAUGGUAACAGCAGCAAGGGUGCGAGUGAGGAUGCUCCUGUGAACAAUACUGCUCUUUCUGCAACUGGUGGAAGGCUCAAGUUCUUUAAAGAUGGCAAGUUCAUAUUGGAGCUGGUCCGCGGCUGCGGGCGCGAGGGCGAGCGCUCGGGCUGGGUGUCGGUGCCGCGCAAGACGUUCUGGCCGCCCGCCGCCGCGCCGCCCACGCCGCCUGCGCCGCACGCCGUGUCCGCCUCGCUCAGCGUCUCCGACGACAACUCCUCCAUACAGUCCUCGCCCUGGCAGCGCGACCACUGCUGGAAGCAAACCGCGCCUCGCCGCAAUCUCUCCAAAGAGUUAGCUAUGUAUUACUGUCGGCCCGCCACGCUGCACACCACCGUGAUCGCCGCCGCCAGCCGUCAGAAGCGACGUAGACCCUACGACACAAGUCACCUUGAUUUGGUUCCGAAUGGGCUGCGUCGCCCGCUCACGAACGGUAUAUGUGAGAAAAAACGCAAUGGCGAUACCCAGUCGCCCGGCGAAGACGCCGUCGACGGCGCAUCGACGGAAGCGAAAUCGAAGUCCGACGACGACAGGUGGGCGGAUUACGAUAGAGAAAAGUACUACCAUAUGAAACUUAAAAAACCAUAUCAGUAUCAUAAGUUAAGGGUGUACAAGAAAACGAGACCGGCUCUGAGACGCAAAGAAUUAACUCGAACGAUCGACAAAUUACGCGAGAGGAUAGCGUCUCUGCCGGUCCCUGUCAACGCAAAGUUGGCUAACUGUCGACAGGAACACAUGAUGGUGUCACCGAGAAAAAGGAUACUGAGGGAACUAGAGAGAGUGAGUCUCGAAGAUCAAAGUAUGAAGCGACGCGCCAAAACCGUGCCCACACUGAGCACAGCGUCGUACCCUCCGUCGCCGGGUCCGAGCCACGCGACCAAACCGCCGGUGGACACUCCGUUCCGGCCGCAUAACGGCGUAGCCACUACGCGAAAAGAACAGACCGUUUCAAAGAACGUCAGCAGCUACAGCAUACAUUCCUUGCUGUCGAUGCCCGACGACAGUCCAACGCGUCGGUCACCGGACGCCAAGAGAUCUCCGCACUCGUACCCACCGUCGUUGAAAACGGAGUCACCGUCUAGCGUUCAUUCGCCGGAUUUAAGUCCCAGCCCCGAUAACUACCGCUACCGGUACUCGGCACUGACGCUGGGCUCGCCGGGGCAGGGCGUGGCGCGGGACUCGCCGACGCCGCCGUCGGAGUUGGCGCGGUACCGCGGCUCGUACGCGCCGGCGUCGCCGUACGGCGCGCGCCAGUGGGCCGCGGGCGCGGCGCAGUACCGCGGCUCGCCGUCGCGAGACGAGUGGCGCGAGCUGCCCUACAUGUACGGCUACGGCUACGUGCCGCCGCUGUACCACCGCGCGCCUGCGCCGCCGCCGCUGUGGAUGCACUACGCGAUGGCGCCGGGAGCGCCGCCCGGACCUUGGGCGCCGCUACCUCAUCCUCUGCUUACUGACCACAUACCUAAGGAUGAACCUACUUCAGAUUUGCCGUUGAAUUUGUCAAAGCACUGAAGGAAACGGAUGGCGCUGGCGCAAGUCUGACACGUGAGACUGAACACACAAACAAAACCUGUAAUUUAUAUGAAAUCGAUCAAGUUCACUUCCUCGCGCGGGAAAUGUACACGUGAGCGUUGUAGGUAUAUGAAUGAAGGAGUCAAUGACUCACUAAUGUAUCAUAUAUUUUCUUUUUAUAUUAUAUACUAUACUAUAUUGAAAGAACAAGUUCGAACAGUAAACUUGUGGUAACGUCGUCAAUAAAUUUGUCCUGUCAACAUUCCAUUGCCACUGUGACUAUUGGCACGUGUAGAGUCCUCAAAAUCUACAUCCCACCUAACCUAACAUUUGUAAUCGCAAUGUAAUUUACUGCUGACUGUAACUAAUGUAUUUUUGCAAAAAAGCAAAAUAUAUUUUUGUAUAAAUUGUAGUUUUCCGACAGAGCUGAUCGGGAAUCUAUUUACAAGCUGAUGUAUAUUAUUAAAUACAUUGAAAUGCUAUAUUUUAGUAUAGUCUAUGUAUGCAGAGUCAUGUGGGUAUUUUCAUACGGAAUAUUUGUACUGCGAGUUGAAUAUUUUAAUAUUGGCUAUUAUUAUUUAGGAUAAGAAGCUAGGACGAUUUAACUGAUAAACAGAACCAGUUAUCAAUUGUUAAUAAUUAGUGCCUUGAAACAAAUGAAGAUAUUAAAACAUAUUUAUGAAUGAAAAAUAAUAAGAUAUUGCAUAAAAGUAACGCCUGGCUUUGUUCAAAUUUACAUAAAAUAGUCGAUUAAUUUGUAUAACAAGUGCGUAUGCACCGCGUACUGUCGCGGUCGCCAGUCGUCGGAUUAGCCACAUUGAAGUGCGGAAAUAAUUCCUAUUCCUACUCAUUUACAAAAUUCCAUAAGGUUUAUGUUCGAUCUCAUUAUUUAAUUUAGAAAAUAAAACGAGGUAAAGACUACAGUUUUGGGAUCAAAUUUGGAUGUGUGUUUAUGUAACAUGUACAUUAAAGUAAUAGACAUUGUAUAUAAUUUGUGAAUGGUGUAUUAUUGAUGGUGAGUCGGGCGUAGAUUUUAUCAGAGCAUUAAUCGCUUACGAUUUAUCAGUAAGAGUUUAUUACCUUCAAAUAAUUAUUUUAAUUGUACAGUAUUUUUGUAAUGAGUAUUUUAUGAUUGAUUGCGAUGAUGAUCGAUGUAGUGUCGUGUCGUGGCUGUGGGGUGGAGCGCAGUGCGCACGCGUCGACUCCGCCCCGCUGCGUUCGGGCUUUGAGAUUAAAAUGUAGAGGUAGUUUACUGCAAUUUUAGUUGAAGUACGGGGGAUAUGUAAUAUAAGGACAGUUAAAUGAUGGUAAGCGACUGACUUCUGAUGUAAUAUUAUCAUUAAUGGAAUUGUAUAAAAAUAGUUUUGUAAUCGGAGGCCUAUUGUAACAAACGUAUUGUCCGCCAACAAAGUUGACUUAGUGUAAAUGUAGCUGUAAUAGAUUCUGCUCAAUUUAAUUCUGAGUACAGUUAAGAAACACAUUAUUAUGUGUUGUCGACGGGAGCAAACUGUAUUUUGUAUGUAUUUUAAAAAAUCAUUAAUAUUUACUAUGUCUUUGAGUGUAUGCAUACCAAAAAUAUACACCUGUAUACCUACUAAACACAGUUCACGUGUUAUAGUGGUUUGCAUGGACUUGAGCAUUUUGAUAUGCUUUAUUUAUUUGGACUAUAAUCGAAUAGUCUAUCUUGCAGACUAGCUUCGAUUAUUUGGACAUUAUUUUAUUGAAUAGCUAUUUCAACCAAAACUCGCAAGAAGAUAAUACAAAGGUAUCAAUAAAAUAUAAACUACAUGAAACUAAUUUACUAUUUUUUUGUAUUAAUAAAUGAUAUUGUACUAAAGGUUCAGUUUCUCUUAUAUGUGUGUAGGUGAGGGGAAAACAAUCAAGUAAGUACAUUAGAGUGCCAUUCCAAAAUGCUGCAGCUUUUAUACUUUUAUGUAAGUAUAUUGCUAAGGAAAUAUAGUUUCCUCCCGCUUCAACACGUUUUACCGCUGUUAUUAAAGUAAAAAAAAAUAAUAUUUUUCUAUGCGAACUUAUAAUCACUAAUCGAAGUAUGUGAUAGCGCUUUCGAAUAGUGAUACGUGGUGAUUCACGUAUCUCAAAAUCCACUUAAAACAUAUUUAUCAUGCGGAGAAAUAGUUAUAUCCAUUUAUAUUAAGAUGUAGUUAUGUACUCGAAUAAAUAUAACUUUUACAAAA